AUGUCCGGCUCUUCGUACGGAGAGCUCAAUCCAUACGAGGAGGCCAGGCUCUACACCAACAACCAUGACCGCGAGCGCUACGAAAACAUGGCGACGCUCUUUAGCUUGAUCGUCGCCCUCGACUACCUUGAGCGCGCCUAUGUGCGCGAGUCGAUCUCCGAAAAGGAGUACGCACCCGCGUGCACGCGCCUGCUUGCGCAGUACAAGACCAUGCUCAAGCUCAUUGUCGACCAGGAGAGCUCGUCGUCCAAACCCAUCAACGACCUCAACGACUUUAUGCGCACGUACAACAUGAACUACCUCGCCGCCGUGCAUCGACUCAACGUCGGCGUGCCUGCGACGGUGGAGCACGCCUCGUCGUCCACCACCCAGUCGUCGUCCGAACGCGCAAAGUGGGUCGCCGAGACCACGCAGAACUUCAUCACCUUCAUGGAUGCGCUCAAGCUCAAGCUGCGCGCAAAGGACCAGCUCCAUCCCAUGCUCAGCGAGCUCAUGCGCGGAUACAGCCGCAGCGACGAAGCAGCCAAGGACCAGGACUCUAGCGACACGCGUGCCAAGCUGCUCAAGUGGCUCAUCACCCUCAACCAGAUGAAGGCCAGCGACGAGAUCGACGAGGACCAGGCACGCCAGAUGCUCUUCGACGUAGAGGGCGCCUACAACAGCUUCUUCCGCGCGCUCCAGGACUAG